ACAUUCCAGCUCACACCACAGGUACGAGCUGCCGGAGACAAGAGAACUUCAGGAAAUGGGAUGAACAAGAGGACUUACUACAGAGAACAAUGUAAAGAACUGGAGAUCGACCAAUGAGGAGGAGAACAUGAGGGUUUGCUACCACUGGCUGCUGCUACUGCUCCACUGGCAUAAAUGUGUGACAGGAGCCUUGCGGGCCAUCAGUCCAUACAUCAAACACUAUGAAGGCUUGUCCUACGACAGGGAGGAUCUUCACAAGAGGCACCUGAGAGCCAGGAGAUCCACCCCUCCCCAGGAUACAUUUCUGCAUCUGGACUUUGUUGCUUUCCAAAGACCAUUUCGCCUGCGAUUAAGACGAGAUGCUGCCAUUUUUUCACAAGACUUCACAGUGAUCAAUAAAAAUGGUUCCACACUAGCAGACCUUUCCCACUUAUACUCGGGAAUAUUAGAAGGUGAAGACGAUUCAUCCUGCCAUGGCUCUGUGAUACAGGGGCAGUUUGAAGGCACCAUCCACACGUCCAAUGGGACCUAUCAUGUAGAAUCAAUUGAGAGAUACCAUAACACAAAGGACCACCAUUCUGUAAUCUACCAUGAAGAUGACCUGGUGUUACUGUCCAAAAGAAGUGAACAUUCAAGUUUUUGUGCUGCAGAACACAUGAAGCUUCUUGGCCUUGGACUUUCACCAAGCGAAGAGGCAGCAAUGAGCCGCUUCAGGAGGACAGUGGAUGAAACAAAGACCAGCUGCCUGCUCCACUUCCAUGCAGAUCACCUGUACUUCAACAGAUUCAAAUCUGUGGAGGUUGUAGUGGCACAGAUUGGUUCCUACAUCCGAGCAGUGAACGACAUCUAUGACAAGGUCGACUUUAAUGGGAUUAAGCUGAUUAACUUCAAAGUCAAGUCUCUUCGUGUGAUGACUGAAGAGGAUGCGAAGAACCCCUUACAGCGGCUCUACAUUGGCCCAGAGAAGUUGCUCAGCAUCUAUUCUGAAAAUAACUGGGGCAACUACUGCUUGUCCUACCUGCUCACCAAUCGUGACUACAGUGGAGUGCUCGGGCUGGCCUGGGAAGGCAAGAAUGGUAACUGGGGAGGGAUUUGUUCACAGUACAUGCAGCUGAGAAAUGGGCAGUACUCGAGUCUAAACACAGGUCUGGUCACCAUCCAGAACUACGGACAGCAUGUGCCACUUCGACAGGUGCAGCUCACCCUCGCCCAUGAGCUCGGACACAGUUUGGGAGCGCCGCAUGAUGAGGGCUCUAACUGUGGUAACCUGGGUUCAUCGGGAGGGAAAGGCCGAUUCUUGAUGUUCCCUCAUGCCUCCGACGAGGUCAGAGAGAACAAUGAUAAGUUCUCACCCUGCAGCAUCAAACGCAUCAGUAAAGUCCUGAAUCUGAAGAAAGACAACUGCUUUGUGGUCAGUGAUCAGCCCAUCUGUGGGAAUCUACUGGUAGAGGAGGGCGAGGAGUGCGACGUAGGACACAAUGACACAGACCCCUGCUGCUACAGUGCAAAAGAGCGUCUUGGACUCCAGUGCCGCUUGAAGCCUGAUAAACUCUGCAGUCCUAGCCAAGGCCUGUGCUGCAGGUCGGACUGUAGUUUUAAGCUGUCGGGUCAUGUUUGUGAUGAGGAGACAGACUGUCAGAAGGAGACUGUGUGUUCAGGACUGUCUGCUCACUGCCCUGAGCCUAGCCCCAAAGAAAACCUCACCAUCUGUAGCCAGGGCACCCGCGUCUGCCUCAAUGGGGUGUGUACAGAGUCGGUGUGCAUUCGGCACCAGCUGCAACAGUGCGACUGUCCCGGAGACUCUAUGAAGGAGAAAUGCCACAUGUGCUGCCAGCAGCCUGGUCAGCCAGAGACAUGUGCCAGCACCACCUCUUCAGUGUUGUCCCGUCAUUUUCAGAGGAAAGUGCUGCCUCUUGUGGGCGGUGCGCCAUGCUCAGGGAAUCAGGGCUACUGCGACAAGUUCCAUGUGUGUCAAUUACUAGAUGCAGACGGGCCCAUCGCCAGACUCAAAAACUCCUUUCUGCACCUGGAUGACUUUGACGAUUUAGGGGAGUGGAUGAAGGUUUAUUGGUGGGCCAUCUUGCUGACUGUGGCGGUUGUAUCUGCUGUGAUGGGAUGCAUUGUUUGUCUAUGCAGCAGAACUCUGGACACUAGUAUUUUGAGAUGACCACUUUACCCUGGCCAAACAAAGUCACAGGGCCAGGAGCAGCAUCACUCUGAUUGGUGGAUGUUUUGACACUCACAGUUCACCUUUCUUCAAUCUUGUCACCUGAUGUGUUUGACGUCAGUUGACAUUUCAGUGAAUGGAGGGGGCCCCAUGUGUUGUGGAAAAUGUUGCUGUCAUCUGUGGGCCAUUUGGGUCGCGAAACACUGGGAAUAAGAGUGGACCACCUGUUGCAAAACUGUUCAGAGGUUGCUGCUUGUAAUGAGCCGCUGGGACCACAAUUUUUAAAUACAAACCCCAGCAAAGAUUACUGUAACAGUUUAUAAUAACUACUGGUAUACUAUUUACAGCCUCAAUAAAGCACUAAUCCUUCCAUUAAGUAUUUGCAAAGCUUGAAUAAUCCUUUAUAAAGUACAUUUUCAAUAUGAAUACAGUUCCUCUUCAUGUGUAACUAUGGCUAAUAAAAGUGUAGUUAUUAUAAUGUCCUACCAAGAUAAGUCUACUUGGUUCUACUAUAGUUUGACUGAAUUGUUUUAUUAAUAAAACUAAUAACGAC